UUUUCACAAUUUCCAUGGCUAACCUCUUCAAGAUAUAUACACUUUUUCUAUCCAUCUUCCUCUUUUCUUUCACCAUUUCUUCAACUUCAAUCCAUGACCUUCUCAGAAGCAGGGGACUCCCAGCUGGUCUAUUCCCAAAAAAUGCUGUAAAAUCAUAUGAUCUUGAUGAAAAUGGCCACUUACAAGUCUACUUGGAUAGUCCAUGUGUUGCAAAAUUUGAAACAAGGGUGUUUUUUGAUAGUGUUGUAAGAGCUAAUCUUAGCUAUGGUGGUUUAAUUGGAGUUGAGGGUCUUUCUCAAGAAGAGCUUUUUCUUUGGUUACCAGUUAAAGAUAUCAUAGUUUAUGAUCCUUCUUCUGGUCUCAUCUUGUUUGAUAUUGGUCUUGCUCAUAAACAAAUGUCCCUUUCUCUAUUUGAAGAACCACCUAUUUGUAAUCCUCAAGGAAAUGCAGGUGUGUUAAUGGAGAAGAAGGAAGGAGUCUGGAAUUCAGAUUGAAAGAUACAAAAAUUUUCCAGUCAGUGGAAUCUCUGAUUAAAAAAAAUAAACUUUCAGUUUUGCUAGCUGUGUUCUUUGAUUUUGGGUUUGAUUGAUGAAGGCUUGAAGCUUCAACAAGAGAGAUUUGCAAUGAGAUUCUCAAUUAGGUGCUUGUAGGGUUGUAUAAAGUGGAAACUAACAGUAUAAAGUUUUGGAAAGAGCAAAAUUUUGAA